AUGGGCCGCGCCUGCUCUCAUGCCAGUGAUCUCCCGAGGAGCACCCCUCUGCCCAGAAGCAGCAAGGCGCUGGUGACACUGCAGGAGGAGGGCCUUGGACGGGCCAGGAGCCAGGCCCUUCCUGAAUGGCUCGGGCAGCCCGCCUCUCGAGGACAAUCUGGUGGGCUGCAGCGGAGUCUGGAAGAACCUGGCCGCAGCCAGAGGAUCCAGAGCUCCGUGGUGGAGUGCCUGCCUGCCUGCCUGCCUGCGUGUACAGAACGUCCCCGGCUGGCUCCAUCCCCGGCUCCCCAGAUGGGGCUCGGAAUAAAGACCUUCCUCUGCCUGGAGGGACACUGCCUGCUGGAGACCACAGCCAGGCAGCUAGUGGUGGGCCAAGGCCAGGGCCUGGUUCAGCCCGGCGGGCAGCAGUGUCUUUUCAGUCCUGGGCAGCAGGCAGGAGGGUCGCAGGUGGCAGCAGUGCUGCUGCAUCAUGUGAUCUCCCCGCGCGGCGGCGGCGGCGGCGGCAGGAGCAGCUGCUCCACCAAGCCAGGCUAUGGAGGCCCCAAACUCGACAUCGUCGUCAAGGUGGAAGAUGAGGACGGACUGUGGGUUUCUGCUCUGCCAGACCCCCUGGAGCAGCGGAAUCGGGAGGACCCUUUGCGAGGGGGACCAACCUGGGGCGGGUCUGAGGAGCAGCCCGAGGAGGCAGGCCCACAGUGGCAAGGUGGGGCAGAAGGACGGCGGUGGGAGGGGGCGCCUGAAGCUCCUGCCCAGCCCACAGCCCUCAAGAAGCCGCCUGUGGCCAGACGGAGCCUGAAGGGGCCCCCUUACCCCUGCUCGGCGUGUGAGCAGAGCUUCCAGGACAAAAAAGAGCUCAAGAAACACCAGAAGGUGGUCCACAUUGGGGAGAAGCCCCACGGAUGCACACAGUGUGGGAAGAGCUUCCAGUUCCGGAGCAACCUGAUAGUCCACCAGAGGCUGCACACUGGGGAGAAGCCGUAUUCCUGCCCGGAGUGUGGGAAGACCUUCCGGUGCAGGAACAAGCUGACAAUCCACCAGAGAAUCCACACGGGAGAAAAACCCUACCCUUGCCUGGUCUGCGGGAAAACGUUCAGGGGGAGGCAUCCCCUAACAAUCCAUGAGAGGAUCCACCGAGGGGAGAAGCCCUAUUCCUGCCAAGAGUGCGGGAAGGCGUUCAGAGAUACCAAAGGCCUGAGGCUCCAUCAGAGAAUCCAUACUGGGGAGAAGCCCUAUCCCUGCCCGGAGUGCGGGAAAACAUUCCGGUACCGGAAUAAAUUCAAAACCCACCAGAGAAUCCACACGGGAGAAAAGCCCUACCUAUGCCAAGAGUGUGGAAACGCCUUCAGAGACAAGAAUCAGCUUAUAAUCCACGAGAGAAUCCACACUGGUGGGAAACCUUUCCCCUGCAGUAUCUGUGGGAAAGGAUUCCGAGAAAAGAGAACUCUUAAAUAUCACGAGAGAAUCCAUAUGGGAGAAAAGCCCUUUGCCUGCCAGGAGUGUGGGAAAGCCUUUAAAUUCAAGAAUAAACUUACAGCCCACCAGAGAAUCCACACAGGAGACAAGCCUUUUGCCUGCCAAGAGUGUGGGAAGUCCUUUAGGGACAAAAGAGACCUCCGAGUCCAUCAGAGAAUCCACACUGGAGAAAAACCCUUUUCCUGCAAGCACUGUGGAAAUUCCUUCAGGUACAGGAAUCAACUGAUCGCUCAUGUGAAAGUCCACACGGGAGAGGGAAACGAUGCUGACAGCCUGCAAACAGAGACAGGAGGGAUCCUGGAGAACUGUGGUGAACAAAUAACCCGAGAAUCCACCCAGGAGAGAAACUUCAUCCCUGCAGCAGAUACUGACCAACCUUUAGCAUUGGGGAUAAUUUCAUGGAAUCACAAAGAACAAGAAGAAGCUACCGAAGAACCAGGCUUCAGUGAUGUAUCACUUGCUGGAAAAGCUUCAGGGUCAGAAAUGACCCCAGAGAAUAAAAAGGAUCACGACCUCAGAGAUUCGAAACCAGCAACAAACCUGGUCAUUGUAGAGGCUGCGGCAGAAUCCACAUGGAAGGAAAUCCCAGUUCUGGUCAAGAAUGAGGAGGAUUUUUCAGAAUAGUUCCAAAGACCACUAGAGAAUCCCAACAGGAAUGAGACCCUGUGGAACUGGAAAGUUUCUGGGAAAGGAUUUAGAAGCAGGCAUGAUUUUUAGGGCCUGUCUGAGAUUAAAUCAACACAGGAAAAAAUAAGAUCCUUGCUGCAAUUUGUGCAGAACAUCUGAUGGGGUGCCAGAGAGUCCACGCAGCAGAGAGCCUGCCUCCGCAGUCGCCCUGAAGCCAGGGUGGGCCGAAGAGAGAGUGUGGAGUCCCAGCGGGCCACUUGUCAAAUUUCGGGUGGGGCAUCUCAUGCCAGCUGGUUGUUGGGAAUCUUGCAAAGGAUGGACUUCAUUUUUCCUCAGCAAGGACAUGUUUCUGUCUGUAAGCAAGAGUAUGUCACUUAACACAGAUUCGUUAUGCCUUAACUAUUAAGAUGUCCUGAACAUACACUCCUGUUUUGCAAACUGAGCACCCAUCUGUAAACACCUGGGAUUCUAGAAGGGAGCUGAACCAAUUUGUGGGAGAGGUUAUGUGGCAGAGAGGAAGAUGGUGAGUCUUUUGCUGGUUCAGAAAGUUCAAGGGAAGAAUCCACAAGGGAGAGAAUCUCUGUCCCUGCGGCUUGUGAAAGAAGAGAGCUGGGCAUUCUGGAAUUGGGCAAUCUACCCGAAAGUGGCCCCUGUUGAAGGCAUGUUCCCCUGACCACUGAGUACUAAAAUGAUGGAAGAUACAAAAAUAAUGCUUUUAAAUUUGCAGGCAAUGGGGUGACCCUUUUCAACGAACAGCAGAAGUUCCUGGUGGCUGUGCCCUCGUUGUUUCCUACAUGCUAGCAAAGUGGCUGCAGAAGUCUCUUUUCACAAGUGCUGCUUAAAUUGGCAUCAUGCAUCUCUUGAGUAGCUAAGCAGAAUGUGGGUCUGACUGAAGAAAUGACCCUCGUCCUUUUGUUUGUGCAUAAGCCAUGCUUACAGGGGAUGUGGUCCCAACAAAAAUAUGUCAUUUGGCAUGAGUCUGUGCACUUGCCACAGCUUCCUUAAAUUUGGGCUAGGGGUUCUCAAACUUGGGUCCCCAGAUGUUGUUGGACUGCAGUUCUCAUCAUUCCCAGCCACAGUGGUCUGGGGAUGAUGGGAAUUGUAAUCCGACACAUCUGGGGACCCAAAGCUGGGAACCCCUGGUCAAGGGUUUUUAAAAAGUAUCUGAAAACCCAUCUUUUUAGAGAAGCUUUCUAGUGUUCUAGCUAUAUUUGGUGGGUUCUUGAUCUUUUAAAUUUUUAAAUCUGGUUUUAACUGAGUCCUGUUCUUAGUUUUACUUAUUUUGUUAAUGUUAUAUUGUUUUGUUACAUUUUAUCAUGCUGACUGUUUUAGCAUUUUUGUGAGCUGCCCCGAACAAUAUUGCACUGCAGGGACAGGAUAUAAAUAAAUAAAUUUCUGGGAUACAGAGAUGGUGGAUCUCACAGUUCUAGUGACACACACACACACACACACACACACACACACACACACACACACACACAAUGAGAAAAGGGCUUGAUUUGGACCAGGGCCAAGGCUCAGCCCUGAUAUAAGUGAAGUCAUAAUAAAGAGCACCCUGACCAUGUGCAGAAUAUUUUUUCACCAAAGAAAGCACAUUCAGCUUUUGUACAUCUGGAAUUGAGGGGGUGGGAUUCCUCCAGGACACAGGAAGAGGCUUCCAAAUAGAUUUGAGUCCACCCUCCUUAGAAAUCAAGCAGUGCAGUAGCAUCCAGGUAUUUCUCGUUCGUGUGAGCUGCAGUUCUUCUCCAGAAGAACUACCACAAGAUUGUAAUUUCUGACUCUUGAUUAAUAAAUGCUGAAUAUUUUUAGUCAAA